CCUUUUGAGUGCUCCAAGUGUGGCAAAUGUUACUUUAGGAAAGAGAAUCUCCUGGAACACGAAGCCAGGAACUGCAUGAACCGAUCCGAACAGGCGUUCGCGUGCUCGGUGUGCCCAGAGGUGUUCAAGCGGCGGAUGGAGCUGCGGCUGCACAUGGUGUCACACACCGGGGAGAUGCCGUACAAGUGCUCCUCCUGCUCCCAGCAGUUCAUGCAGAAGAAGGACCUGCAGAGCCACAUGAUAAAGCUGCACGGUGCACCCAAGCCGCACGCGUGCUCAACCUGCUCCAAGUGCUUUCUGUCCCGGACAGAGCUGCGCCUGCACGAGGCCUUCAAGCACCGCGGAGAGAAGCUGUUUGUGUGCGAGGAGUGUGGGCACAGGGCCUCGAGCCGCAAUGGCCUGCAGAUGCACAUCAAAGCCAAGCACAGGAACGAGCGGCCCUACGUGUGCGAGUUCUGCCACCACGCCUUCACCCAGAAAGCCAACCUCAACAUGCACCUGCGCACGCACACCGGCGAGAAGCCCUUCCAGUGCCACCUCUGCGGCAAGACCUUCCGCACGCAAGGUACCCCCGGGCGCGGCCGGGGUGGGUUACGCCGAGGCGUGAGGAAGUUUGAGUGCACGGAGUGCGGCUACAAGUUCACGCGGCAGGCCCACCUGAGGCGCCACAUGGAGAUCCACGACCGCGUGGAGAACUAUAAUCCCCGGCAGCGAAAGCUGCGGAACCUGAUCAUCGAGGACGAGAAGGAGGUGGUGGUGGUGCUGCAGCCACCCCCAGAGCUGGAGGUGGGCUCGGCCGAGGUGAUCGUGGAGUCGCUGUCCCGUGGGCCGCUGCCUGAGGAGGUUCCUGUGCAGAGAGACUGCUCAAACGAGAACUUCUCCACGGCAGACGUGAUCGAGCAAUCGCUGAUAAUAACGGCGGCGAUUCCUGAAGACUGUGAGACAUAG